CUGGGGCCUGGUCUUACAGCGCCGGCCCUUGCCAAGGCCCCGGGGGUCAGCAAGUUCAAGCCGCCAGCCUUGCAAGAAUAAAAAAAAAGGAAAAAGCAUGGCGCGGCCCCUUGCCCGGUUCUUGGUCCGGAACCAUCUCCCGGCGGUCGGGACAUUGGUGGGCCGCCCCAGGCGGCAUGGAUCGAUCGAUGGCGAGUGGUUCAAGCGGAAGAAGGGCGGGACUAGCGGGGGCGACGCGGAGAAGGUGGCGAAGAAAGGCGCCCCAUUGUUGGCCCGCCCCGAGAGAAGUCGGCCCGCAGGGGAGGCAAGCAAACAGAGGGCCGGGCAUUUGAUCGGCGUCCUCGAGCGCGCACCUUGCCCGACUCUUUUGGCUGGCCUUGCCUGUGAGCGUGUGCCAGUCGGGCCUUGUGCGCACAAUCAAAGGGCGGCCCUUUCUUUGGGCCGCUUUGGCGGGCGUCGGGACCCUCUUGGCCGAGUUGAAGCAUGAGGCGGGGGGCCUGCAGGCUUUCAAGUUUGUCGGCCUGCCAUUGCUCCAAAACCGCCCGCCAAGCAACGCCCGUGCCCCCUACCAACCCGCCGGGCCGCGGCGGAAUAUAUAAACACAGCGGCGCCCCCCCGCUGUUUUCGCCGGUUGGGCGCCAGUUCCUUCCCUGCUGCGCGGGCCCGUCCCCCCCAAUGUCGGCCCGCGCGGAGUUUUACCCAGGAUACUCCGCAG